AUGCCAUCAAUCAUCAACAACGAUGAAUGGGAUCUGCCCCGCCUGAAAGCCUCAAUUGGGUUCGAGGAUGAUUUCCAAUACCUCUCAUCCGAUGAUCAGGACACUGAAUUCUUCGACGUAAAGUUCUACCCGUAUGCAGAUGAGUCCCACGAUUCGGUAUUUGCCGCUAUCGUCAUAUAUCGACUCUCGAACAAGAUCAAACCCCCGUACGAACUCGUUCAGCUUUUCAGAGACGACGACAAAGACGCCCUGAACUGUAGCUGUACUUGGUCCAAGGACCCCGAGACAGAUGUUCCUUGGCUAUGCGUUGCGGGAAGGGAUGCGAAAAUAAAAGUCUAUGAUGCUAUCCACGGGAAGCUCGUAAAGGUCCUUGUCGGUCACGGAGGAGAAAUCAACGAUCUCGCCACAAGCCCAGACAAUUUUCUCUUGAUCGCAUCGGCGUCAGACGACACUACCAUUCGAAUAUGGAGUCUCGAUCCUGCAUGGUCCAAGCAACCCUGCGUGUGUCUGCUUGCGGGGGAAGGCCAUACGGCACAUCUGUUAACGGUGGCAUUCCAUAGCACGGGUCGAUAUGUUCUGUCAGCUGGUCACGACAAUGUAGUUUGCCUGUGGACGCUCCCAGAUCUCCCGCCGGAGUCCAGCGGCAAGAACCCUCCAGAGUCUAUUGUAAUCCACUAUCCGCAUUUCUUCACGUCGGAGGUUCAUAGUGGCAUCGUUGACUGCGUGGCUUUUUUUGGCGAUCUCGUACUUUCGAGGGCUUGCCACGAAGACAUCAUUGUGCUUUGGCGGAUCGAAGGCUUUUCCUCACGCGAUCCGCCUCCCGCUGCACAUGAUGCUCCUACGACGAGCGACCCUGAGCGACUGACACGCUCUGCAUUUGCGCCGGCAACUGCUUCCGCAUGCCCACCGCAAUAUACCCGUCUGCUGCAGUUCUUCACCCCACAGUGUGGUCACCAGUUCUAUCUUCGCUUCAAGCUCUACCAAAACAAAAACAGGCAUCCCAUUCUGGCUUUCGGCAAUGCACAUUCUACCAUCUACUUCUGGGAUCUAGCACGCCUGAUCAGCUAUCACGACUUCAUAAACCACAUGAAGGAUCCAAUCCGUGACAAGUCCCAGCCGAUCCACAGACCAGGAUGGCUGGUUCCGAUACAACACAGAGCCAAGGGGGAUGCUGUCGACAAGCUCAAGGACGCUGCCAGUGAUAGGGAAUCUGUCGUGUCCGGGCGUACGGGUAGUGUCGAUGUCGAGACCCACGUUGACCUGAAUACCGACUACAGCCAGGAGACGCUGGACUCGUGGGAAGGCAAAUAUGAUAUGACUCGCUUGGAGGAGCCUAUAAAGGCUCAUGCACAGAGCAACAUCACUAUUAAAGACUUUGUUGGACGCCAGGUUGCCUGGAGCGUCGGCGGCGAUUGGUGUGUAGUGGUUGGCAGUAAGAAUUUGGCCAUCAUCCUGCAACGCUGGUACAAGAGAGAUCACAAAGUGGACGAGAAGGAGAAGAAAUCGAGUCAGUAG